CCGGGCCGGCUUUGCGGCAGGACGCGGCCCCGCCGAGGAGGGGCCGGGCCGGGCCGGGCCGUGCCUGCGCGCCGCCGGCUGGGCUGGGCUCGGGCCGGGGGCUCGGAGCGGGGAGCGCGGAGCCCCUUCCUCGGAGCACGGGCGGCCAGGUAACCUGCUGUCACGAUGAGGUUACUUCAUAGAGUGACUAUAGCCAACUCGAUCAGAAGAUGUUAAGUCUCGCAUCUGAAGACAAGGGUUGGUUUGGUUCCGUUCCACCACAAAGGAUCGUGGUUGGUGCAUGUCUUUGUUAAUCUCUAAGUGUGCCAAGGGCAGGGGUGAAGCAGCUCUUUCCCUUGUCCCCCUUGGCAGCCCAGGAUAUGGAGGCUCUUGAAGUUGAUGACAUUAGCCCUGCCUUGGAAGUGACUGAAGACUUUUUCAAUAGUUUUGAUACUAAGCUUGAAAAGAUCGUUCAGCCCUCUGAGGUGUACGGUGUGCAGGAGGUUCCUGAGCUGGUUGGGCACGAGGUAUUUGAUCAGAUAACAGAAAGCAGGAAUCUGAGGAACGUCACCUCCUUAGCCAAAAGUAACCUCAUCUGGGAUCACUGCAAAAAUGGCCUGUUGGAAACCAAAGCUCAGACAGCGUUCCCUGCCAAAGAGCAGCGCUUGGUGCAGAGGGGAACAGUUGCUGACAGCCUUGCUUGGGCAGGGGAAGGGGAGACUGCAGCUUUUAACAUCUUCAAUAUCUGCCAGCGGAGGAGAGACAGGCCUCGCUCAGUGAAUGACAUCCUGGUGCAGAAUGAAGAAUCCUCCAAGUUCAAGCCAGGGCACAACAGGUCGCGCUCCGAUAUCAGCCAUGUGAAUUGGGGAAUGGUCUUCACAGGCACCUCUCUGCAGCAACCACCUCUGCCUGGUCAGGACAAUAACUGUGCUCUGCUCUCUUACCUGGCAUUAACCAAGGGAGAGGACAUCCAAGGAAACACAGAACACAAGACAACGUUUCCAAAUAUUCUGAAGAAGGGAUACUUAGAAAUUAGAAGAAACAAUGACAGCUACUGGCAAAGCUGCUAUGCUGAGCUCUCCCCGUACAAGCUGUACCUGUAUUGCCUGGACAGCAGUGGCAACCAGACUUUUCCCACCAUGUAUCCGCUCAUGCAUUUUCAAAGGGUCACUGUUACUGGUAGCAUUGAAGCCAAGGUGGUGGAUGCUGCCCUGUCAGACAGCUCUCAGCUACAGCUGAAGGCAGAGUCCCCAUGGGAGGCUUUGGACUGGGGACGGAAACUCUGGGAAGCGGUGCGUGCUUCUGUGUCUACUUUCACAAGACAGCAGGAGAAACUGGAGAAUGUGCCAAAGCCUGACAAUAGCAGUGACCUUCCUCAAACAAAUGGAUUGGUAGAGAAGCCCAUGGAACUUUUGCUGUCCAUGAAUUUGACUGAAAAUAAUAAAGAGUACCAAAAUGUUCUCAAAUCAGGGACUCUUUACAGGUUAACCGUCCAGAAUAACUGGAAGGCAUUUACUUUUGUCUUGAACAGGUCUUAUCUCAUGGCAUUCCAACCGGGUAGGCUUGAUGAAGAUCCUCUGCUGAGCUACAAUAUCGAUGUGUGCCUAUCGGUCCAGACAGAUACUCAGGAUGGCUGUGACUCUUGCUUUCAGGUCAUUUUUCCUCAAGAUGUCCUCCGCCUGCGAGCAGAGACCCGUCAGAGGGCCUUGGAGUGGAUGGAGGCACUGAAAGCAGCAGCCAAUGCCACUAGAAGUUUAGGUCAGAACCUGCAGGUCACGCUUCGGAACAAACCUGGAGGUCGGCCCUUUGGAAAUGACUUUAGAAAGAGUAAGCGCCAGUCUGUGACCACCAGCUUCCUGAGCAUCCUGACCACGCUGUCUCUAGAGAGAGGGCUCACAGUUCAGAGCUUCAAGUGUGCAGGCUGUCAGCGCCCCAUAGGCUUGUCCAAUGGGAAGGCCAAGGUGUGCAGCUACAGUGGAUGGUAUUACUGCAGUACCUGCCAUGUGGAUGACAGCUUCCUCAUCCCUGCACGGCUGGUUCAUAACUGGGAUACUUCCAAGUACAAGGUAUCAAAGCAAGCCAAAGAGUUCUUGGAAUAUGUGUAUGAGGAGCCAUUGAUUGAUAUUCAGCAGGAAAAUCCCAUGUUGUAUAAGCACGCUGAACCUCUGGCAACCAUUGUCCGCCUGAGACAGCAGCUAAAAUCUCUGCGAGCCUAUUUGUUCAGCUGCAGAGCAGCAGUGGCUGAAGAUUUGCGUAGAAGGAUCUUUCCCAGAGAGUAUCUUCUCCAGCAAAUCCAUCUUUAUUCUCUGGCAGACCUCCAGCAGGUUAUUGAAGGAAAGUUGGCUCCUUUCUUGGGGAAGGUGAUCAAGUUUGCAACUUCUCAUGUGUAUAGCUGCAGUCUUUGUAGUCAAAAGGGUUUCAUCUGUGAGAUUUGCAACAAUGGAGAAAUCCUUUAUCCCUUUGAGGACAUUUCUACAAGCAGGUGUGAAAGCUGUGGUGCUGUCUUCCACUCUGAAUGCAAAGUGAAGGCUGUACCAUGCCCCAGGUGCGUGCGUAAAGAAUUGCAGAAGAAGCAGAAAUCCUUCUGGAGGCGACUGAAUAUGGAUGAAAACUUCGAAGAGUCUUGCAACAUGUUUGAGUUGUCAUAUCAGAACACAUGAGUUCCUUAAGGCAGUGGCCAGCCUGAAGAGAGCCUCUUCCCCAGCUGCCAGGUCAAGCAACCUCUCAGCUUAGCCAGGCAGAAAUCUUUUUGCAAAAUAAUAUCUAAUCUUCUUCAUCUGUGAAUAGCAGCUGCCAAAGUGGCCAUAAAGCCUUGUUGGCUUUGAAAUAACAAUGGCUCAACUGCAUUUUGCAUUGAAGUCCAGCCGCUAGCUCUUAUACAAAAUGUGAUUUACUUGAAAUGCUUUAGGUCUAGCUAACUGAGCACCCAACUUUUUCUUUUCCACCUCUGGAGAAGACUUCCUCAAGACAGAAAAUAUUUGCUGCCAUGAACACACUAUUUUUGAUGUUGUUCAUUUAGAAUUGAUGAAUCAUCUACUUAUUUAUGUGUAUUAUUUAUUAUUAGCCUUGGCAAAGGUUCUGGUAAGGUGUUUGUUUCACAGAACCUCAUAAGGCAGAAAUGAUAUUAAGCCUACCUGCUACUUUUGACAUGGACAUGUUUUCACGUCCUCAUGUUUCCAGAGCUAUUUCUAAAGGAUCAGCACAUUUACAUGUCACUCCUCCCCGAGGAAAGAAAAGUAUCUCCCAUCAAACCUUAUUCAGGAUGUUUGCAAGCAUAAGAUGCAGAAUAAUUCCUUUAGCUGUGCUUAUUUGUAACCACCCCACUGGAAUAUUACAUAAGCAGAUAAGCAGGGUACUUGCUGCUGUUCUUAUUCAGGCUGGGUGUAUCUGUCAAGCUCUGUCACUAAAGUCCAUUCUGCUUUACGCUACUUGAUCUAUGUGGGGCCACAUCCUCAUCUCCAGUAACGUGACUUUCAAAUCUCCUGCUAGGCUUGAAGACAUUUCAACUGUCUACACUGGUUUUGUUUUUGUCGCGUGCAGUUUACUUUACAUGUUUUUCUAACCUGAUCCUGGUAGACCAAUAGUUGGGAAAGUGAUCUUGCCCAAUUUCGCUAGAAAAUACCCUCAAAAUUGUGAAACAUUAGUUUGCUGUGUUCAUGUGCAAUUUGUGUCCUGAGUUCUCUGGGAGCACUAGAGGAUUCUAUACAUCUCUAGUGAUUCAUGUGGUGGAGAGCAAACUUCUCAAGGUAUGGUUCUGCCUCGCAAACCUGGAACAUAGGGAAGUACUAAACAUGGUAAAUUACAUAUAUUGUGAAAGAUAUGACUGGAGAGAUGUGUGUCAUCACUAACAGUGUUCUGUUCAUUGUGGUUUUACCUCCAGUGAGCACUUAGGGAUCCUCCUCACUCCAGUCCACAUUUUAAACUUUUUCUCCAGACCCUGCAGUAAUAUGUGUAUUACAUGCAUAUGAAUACAUUCAUAUUUAUAUACACAUAUAUAUACAGCAAGCAAAUAUGAUUUCAGAAGAAAAAAGCCAGUCGCAUGUGCAUUUUCCUUCUCUCAUGUAGGUUUGUUAAAAUGCAGACUACUGAUCUUUGCUUUCUAUAUAAUAUGCAGGCUGUUAUUAUAUUCAAGGCAGAAAGCAGUCUUGAUCAUUGAAGCAGCUCACUAAUUGCUAAGUAUUUUAAAUAAAAGAACAGGGUACAUCGUGCUUGCAUUAAAGGGCAGAAAGUCACACAAUGGACUUGUAUUGGAGUACAGAUGGUUGCUUUUCCAGCCUCCAGUCAAAGAAAGUAGCUGAAUCUGAGCUUUCCCAAAUUUGAGCGCAACUUUAUGUGUAUAUAUAUAUAUAGAAGCAUGUUUAUAUCUAUAUUCAUUAGACAACCAGUGCCUUUCUUUUCCAGAAGCCCUUCUCCCAUUGGGAUUUUUUUGGAAGAAAGUAGGGGGUUUUCCAUGUUCUUGGCAAAGUAGUAUAGGGAUUCCCAUGUUUAAUGAAGUUGGUGAAUCGUGCACCUUUGUCACUAAAGUUAGUAUUUCCCCUACACAGGGGCAUCUAUGUUUCAUUCAGCUCACUGUUUUUCAUAUGAAAUCAGUUGCUUUCAGCUAUCAUCCUUAAGGAUAUAAUGUUCCUUUAAAGUCCAUUCCCAUGCGAAGAACUCCCUGCACGUUCACAUAUGCAAACACAAGGGAAGUCUUGUGGAAUUAGUCAUGCAAACAGGAACUGCAGUGGUACUGGCUGAAUAAACAGUACACUCCCAUAUUUUUCAGCAUGUGUCACUACAACCAGCCCUGUGGCAAAGCCAGUAGCUCUGAAACUGUCAGAAUCUGGCAGGUACUAUUUUGAAUUAGCUCAAACAUGGGGGGUGGGUCAUAAAAGAAAAAAAUAAGUGACAUUUUCCAUAUCAUAAUGCUUUGGAAUUUAAGAUAUCUUACAGCAUUAGUUCACAUCCAGCCCAGUUUAUAGAAAGGUGCUUGUGUGCACUGUCAAGUACCCUAAGGCAUCAAGAAAUUAAGGUUCAGGCAUUGCAAGGUAUUGGUAACUUUGUCAGAUGCCCUGAUCUCCAAAGUGCCAGUGAUGUGGGUGGUUAGAUAUUCUAGUUAAAUUCUGGAAUAACAACAGGCAAAUUUGGAGUUACUCUAGAUUUGUGCAGGUAUUACAGAACAGAGUUUCUUUGUUAACUGAGAUUUACAGGAAAAAAAGAAUAUGUUGUCAACAAACCUGUUGGAAUUAGUGGUGGGUCUGGAACCACUGCCAUUCCUAAAGGCAAAGAGCAAAAGCAUGUUUUUACAAUAUGCUGGCAGCACCCAAAGCUUUUUGUGAAAGGAUAACGUACAAUACAGAUCAGAUUCUUUUUUUUUUUCCACCUUGAAAAAGUAAUAUAGCUUAUUCUUGUAGCUACAGGAGCUGGCUGUAUUGUGGAAGAUGCUUUCCUCUCAGGGAUGCCUAGCUCCUGUCCAUAAACAGUAAUUCCAUAUGGAUGGGUAGGAUGCAGUCUUCUAUCUCUGCCUUUCAAAAAUAUAAUUCAAGGUCUGAUCCUGCCCUCAAGAAUUGUGGAUACAGUAGGAAUGAGCCCUGAUCAUUUUUUUAGCACUGCAAGAUAGAAGAAUAAACAGAAACUACUGCUCAUGUUACUAACUCUCGAAAGAUCUGACUUUAAAAGGAUGGUUUUCAUGCAAGAGCCAGCUGCUAGUAGGAGACACAGCUCAUACUUCUGAAGGUGAUUUGGGUUUUGGACAACACUGUACCCUUGUGUGGUUGUCUCUGCUAUACUAAGAUAGUGCUGCACACUGGUCCCCAGUGCUACUGUUUUCCCAUUCUGCAGCCUGGAGCCUGCACAUGUUCUGCUCUGCAGAUGGCUGGGUGGGCAUCAGCUGGAAAAGUACCUGAGGUCUUUCCAGAUUGCGCACAUCUCUCCUCCCUACACACACCCACAAGUAGAAUAUGUGUAUUAGUACUUCUGGUUCCAUCCUACCCACACAUGAUAUAAAUAUGAAGUAAGUUUGAACAAUAAUAUUUCGUUGUGAAUCAAAAAUAAAAUGCGCUGUUUGUCUCCUUCACAAAGAAGGUGCUUUCUUUGCUAACGGAGGAGGAAUAGAUCUGUAGGUCCAGUUACUGCUCUUACUAGCUUGUACAGAACUUAUAAUCACUGUAGAAAUAGGGUGCUUCACUGCAAGGGACUGUAGCCUGACUUUACAACUACUUAGAAACUUCUCAGUUUAGUUAGUCUGAGAUUAUUUAACCCAGGACACUGUAGAUUAACUAAUUCAGUUCUUUUCCUCUCUACCCAAACCCUCUAGCUUUUCUUUUACGUAGACAAGGACCUACCUAGGGGAUGUAAAAUGCAGCUUUUUUGAUAUUAUCAACCUACAGAAAGAGAAAUUUGGAUCUCUUAGGCAGAAAUCUUUCUCUUUUCUUCAUCUUUCUUAGGUGGUGAAAAAUGUUCUUGCAGUGUGAUGCAAUGUCCGGGUUGGCACGUACCAACAUGCACAUAGGAGCUCAUUGCUGGGUUGAUAGGAACUGACAGUUGUGAGGGUUUCUUAAAUAAGUGAGGAAACACACUUUUAGGUGAGGAAUUCUUCACAAUAUCCUGAUAGUCCUGCUAGGAGGGAAUCAUCAGGGUACUUCAAGAGCUUCUCUUGUCAAGACUUCUCUUAAUAAUUAAUACAAGGAUACUGUGUGCAUUGUUAUGGGUGGAUGAUAAUGUCCUGAAAGGCUUUAAAAAACAAACAAAAAAACAACAACAAAAUGAGGAUGUCUGAUUACAAUGAAAUGGGGAAGCUGCCUGGUUGUAUUUUGCUUUUUCCCUGUAGCAACAGAAGCCAUCAAGUUUCCAGGGCUUUCCAAGGUCAUGGUCUGGAUUGCAGCCGACUGUUGAUCUGUGUAAAAGAAAUGUAAUUGAGUAAUCAUCAUAAUCUUAUCUCUUGUUUUCUGUUGCUCAGCUGCAAGCCAGUCCUCUCUCUCUCCUCGCUGUCUCUGUCCCUGUCUUGGCUCACAGUGCUGAGCCUACAGCUAGGCUUUGAGCUUCAUAGCUGAUCGUGUUGCUUCUGAACCAGUUGAGUCUGAUCAUUCUCUCCUUCAUAAUUUGCCUUCCAAUUUUCCCUUCCCAGUAGGAGUGCCUUACAGUACUGUAUAUUAGUGUCUAUCUUCCUGUUUUGGAUUUCCUGAUUGAAUCUGCUGUUUGAUUAACCUGUGGGCUCAAACUGAAAGUCUCCUGUGGCUACACAUGCUCUUUUGCAGGAGCAGCUUAGUAAAUCAGUUUGCUUGUUCUGUCCCCAUGAAGUGGGCUCUACAGGCUGCAAAUACCAGCUCUGAAGAUGCCAAGAUGCAUGGAAAUCCCUCACUUUUGCUUAAUUUGGUGCCUUAAAUUUUCAAAAAUGAAGAGUUUUGUCAGGAAUGCUCUGCCAUGCUGCAACGUGUUUGGCAUUGGAGCUCUAAACCCUUGCUCAUGGCAGUUUCCAUCUUGCUAGGAGUGAUGACCAUAAAAUUUGUUUACGAUCUGUGCUUUGAAAGGGAAAUAUGAGAAAAGAUUGCAUGGAGAUGGCUUUGUUUUUUAUUACCUACAUUUUGGAGACUAACUGAGCUUCUUUUCAGACAGAAAUGAGGUUGCUCUGAAGUGAGAGCUUCAGAAGCUGUGGAUCUGUAACAAUGGCAAGCACUGGACAAUUAAAGCAGGAUCAGGUCACGCGCAGCUUUGCUCCUGCUGGAACCAGUGGCCAGCCUGUGCCACGUGGGGAGGGAGUCCCACAUGGUAAAGCUGGAUGCAGGGCUGUGGCAGUGAUGGCUUUUCCUCAAAGUUUAAUUUCAACACAGCCUGAUUCCCUGAAGGCUAACCCACUGGGGUUUGGUCAGCAUUAUGUUAGAGAGGGUUAGCCUGCUUAAUUUUUAGCAUUAUUUGCUAACGUCUGCAGCUAACCCUUCCUGCGUCUGUCAGUCCUGGGCACGUGUCCAUGCUGACUGGAAUCUUUUAAGUCCAUUUUUGACCCCAAGUAGUAGGAACCCUAUUUGACAACAGCAGAGCUUUCACUGCACUUUAAUAGUGUAGUGAGUAGACAGCCUGGACAAUAAAUAAUGCGCAAAGUCCUUUACUUGAAAGCCCUGGUGUGCACACACUCCCUUGGGUCUUUUCUUAAAAUGCAAGCUUUCCUCCAGAUCCCCUAGGGCAUUGAUCUAAAUUAGAGAUGCCACUUGUGGGCAGUGAUGGAGAAGUUCAGGCCUGGAAGGCAAUUAACUGCCUAGGACCAAAGUGUAGUAGGCUCUGUCUACAUACACAAUUGUCAGUGGCUCAAUUACUUAUUUGUAUCCAAUCUGUGCGUUAAACCAAUGUAAAUCCUUGAGUACAUAGUGCUGUUUUGGUGGAAAAAGGAUUUAUUUUAGUUUUGCUUAUGUAUUUGUCAGCAAAGUCAAUCUUGCUUUAACUGAAGUGUUUUCAGACUGAUUCUGAGUGGCACUGAUACCUGUGAUACCAGGUUGACUUACACCAGGCCCUUCUGUACUUGUCAGAAGUACUGAAUUCAUGAGCAAAAUGGGUGUUGGAAGGGCUUGAAGUGAUAAAGGCAGCUUCCAAAUCAACAUUAGCUGAGUCGAGGCAGUUUGAGGCUGGGGUAAGCCGGGUGUGAUCAGCAGAGCACGAGGUUUGGUGCUGUCCCUGGCAGCCCAGGCUUCCCUUCCCAGCAGAGCACCAGCUCGCCUGCAGCACUUGCAAUGGAUUUUAGUAUUAGUGGUAGCGCACCCUGAGUUUUUUGGAAUCCAGUAUGUGUGUGUGCUACUCUGUCUGUUAACUUAUGUGUGUGUCAUUGUUCUUGUAUUUGUUUUGUGUUAUUUUUUGUUUUGUUUUGGGGGGGUUGUUUUUUACUUUUGACAAGGAUUUUUUUUAAAUUAUCUGCAACUACUAGGCAAUAGUCUUAAUUUAUUAUUGAUAUGUAAUAAAUUUAUCAUUUAAAUUCAAUGAGUUGAAUUGCCUGUUGACACUUGAGCAGGGUUUACUUGGGUUCACUUGUGACACCAUCAGAGCACCAGUCCCUUCUGUAUAAAGGCAACUGUCAAUAAACACUACAAAAAAAUUA